AUGAACUGCCUGGAAGUGCCAGUCAUUAUCCUGUUACCGCUUAUCUACAGCAAACACCGCGUACGCUCAACUCUCUCAACUCAACUAUCGAGAAGAAAAGACACCAAACUGAAAACGUCAACGGUUCAGUCAGCAUCCUUUAGAAACUUCAGAAGACUGUCCACUAUGAACUCCAAGCUGACCAGAUACCAGCAGAGAACAAUCUGCUCACAGCUGGGAAAUUCAAAGCUAAAGCUGCUGUACAAGGCCAGCAUCCAUGGUUUCACCGGGGCAGCCUUCCACCAGCGAUGUGACACCCGCUGUCCUACAGUGUCCGUAGGUUAUAAUGCCUCUGGUUAUGUGUUUGGAGGCUACACCAAACAACCUUUUUGUCAGUCUGGACAGUAUGUGAAUGAUGACCAGGCCUUCCUCUUCACAUUCAGUGGAGAAAAGCUCAACAAAUAUCCAGUCACCACUCCCGUAUAUGCAGUGAAAAUGAUUGCUAACUCUGGUCCAUAUUUUGGAGAAGCACUGGUUCUGGUCAAUGGAAAUCAAGCUGUAGUUCAUAGCAAUCCAGGAAAUUAUUACACCUUUAAUGCUGCAGACGUGCAUGGCAAUGACCUUAAGCUGACUGAGUGUGAAGUCUAUGAAGUUGAAGAAAGCACAGAAAUUGAGAAGCCAUGGAGGACUAUAGUCUGGGAAUCUGAAAAGAGGAAGGAGUUGAUGGAAAGUAUUCGGCUCUACAAACCCAUGGUCAGCUCUGUGUCCCAGAUUCGGGUCUUGCUCAUAGGAGCAGUUGGAGCUGGAAAGUCCAGUUUCUUCAAUUCUAUCAACUCUGUAUUCAGAGGCCACGUCACCAGCCAGGCCAUCGCUGGCUCCUCUAGCACCAGCCUCACCACACAGUUUCGUACCUACUCUUUGAAAGCGGGACGGGAAGGAAAACCUCUGCCAGUCAUGUUGUGUGAUACCAUGGGAUUGGAGGAAAGCACAGGGGCAGGACUUGAUAUUGAUGAUAUCAGCAGCAUCCUCAAAGGUCAUCUGUCUGACCGUUAUCAGUUCAACCCCUCUGCUCCUCUGCAAUCGGAGGCCAGCAGCUUCCGAAAGUCUCCAGUGCUCAAGGACAAGAUCCACUGUGUGGCCUAUGUCAUGGAUGCCUGCAAGAUUUCCAUCAUGCCCACAAAGCUGCAGGAAAAGCUGGACGCUAUACGCAGAAAGAUCAACUUAAUGGGGAUUCCUCAGCUGGUCCUUCUCACUAAAGUGGAUGAAGCGUGCCCUUUGGUGAUGGAGGAUGUGAGAAACGUUUAUAAGAGUGGCUACAUUAAGGAAAUGAUGCAGGAAGCGAGUGCUCAGCUUGGCGUGCCUUUGUCCUGUAUUGUUCCAGUGAAAAACUACUGUGAAGAGCUGGAGUUGGACCCAAACACUGACAUCCUGCUGCUCAGUGCCAUCAUCCAGAUGCUUCGCUUUGCUGAUAAUUACUUUGAUGAAAUCAGCGACUUUGAAGUCAAAGAAUAAAUAUGUGUGCAGCAGGCACACUAACCUGAACCACUGUAAUGAAAUGUCCCUCAAAAUGAUCCAAUGUACUGCUAAUUCACUGUUACCCGUACAUAUAAUACAUGCAUGGUUUAAACAGGCUGAGCAGUGAAGCCCAGAAUUCUUCAGGAACUUUCCACCUGGAGAUUUCUCAAGCCUCCCUUGGAAUGCUGGGAAAUGUAGUUUUUUAGCAUAUCCUGCACCUGUGCUGCACCUCCAGUGUCUGAUUGAGCUGAUCCUCAUUUUGUGUCACUCAGCUGCAAAAUAUUAACUGUUCUUUCUGAUUCUUUGGUACAUUCGUUAUAUUAAUAGAAAAGUAUUACAUUGUGAAGUUUUUGUAUGAUCAGUCUGAAAUGUGAUUAUGAUUUAGUUCAGUCAAAUCAAGCACACCUGUGCAGCAGCUGGCCCACACUAAACUGAACAG